CGGUCGUGGUGCUCAGCAGAGAGGGGCAACGGCGGCGGCGCUCUGCUUUCAGGAAAAAAAACCGAAAAACAUAUAUAUAUAUAUAUAUAUAUAUAUAUAUUAAAUUAAAUAGACAUUCAUGUCGACGUAUGGACCUGAAGUAAAGAGAUAUUCCUCGCUGUAACAUUAGUUGUCCAGCAGAAAUCUCAGCCAUGGAUGUCUCAAAAUCUCAACAGGUGGCCUCAGAUGGAUUGAGUUAAACCUGGAAGAUAAUGGAGGGAGGGGUCAACAGAGGAAGAUGGAAUAAAAAAGCCCCUGUUGGCACAACACUGUUCCUUAUGUGCAUGCUCAUCCCCACUUUGGCAUUGUUACAAUCUUGUCCACAUGGGGACUAUCUCAGUGAAAAGGGAAUUUGUUGCAAUAAAUGCUCUCCAGGUUUUAAGCUUGCAGAAGAGUGUCAUGCUGCGCAACAGAGAAGUAACUGCACACUUUGUCCUGAUGGCGAAUACACAGAUGAGAUGAACUACCAAAUAAACUGCAGAAGAUGCAGACGCUGCAGAAAAAAGCAUGAAGUAGUGAAAUCAAAUUGUGAAAAAAACCAAAACACUAUUUGUCGCUGUGUGGAAGGUUAUUACAAAUUUGACAUCGACUCAGAAACAUACGAGUGUCGCAAAUGUUCUCAAUGUAGACCUGAUGAAAAGAAAAAAGAGACAUGUACACCAGAGAAAAACACUGUGUGUGAAUGUCAGGAGAACUACUACAGAGUCAAAAGCAAAUGUGAACCCUGCAAGAAUUGUACCACAGAGUGCAAACAUCACUGUGCACCACCUCUUAUGACUACAAGAGACCCUGGUGAAAAGGAAAAUCUUAUUAUCAUAAUUGCUGGAAUUGCAGCCGUGGCUCUGGUAUUGGUGGUGCUGUUGGUUGUCAUCACCUACAUGGCCACAAAACGGUCUAUCAAGAAGGAGUUGCUGAAAUCGUCCUCCCAACCAUCUGACUCCUCCCCGGACACAUGUGAGGUCCUGAUCAACAGUGAAGAACCUUCAAACAACAUCAGUGUCAAGGCUGCUCCCCAAAGUCCUGUGAGUGAACAGGACCAGCUGUCCAAUCUGCCUGACUGUGUCCCCUUGGAAAUCAAGAUCCCUGACCUGAUCUACACGGUGCUGGAUCUGGUUCCUGUGCUGCAGGUGAAGCAGCUUGUGCGUUUUCUUGGUGUGAAGGAUACAGAUAUCGAACAAGCAGAGCUGGAUCACCGAUCCUGCCGGGAGGCUCAUUACCAGAUGCUGAGGGUGUGGGCCGAGAGAGGGUCACAUACAGGUGGAGAAGGACGAGGUCGAAUGCUGCACUGGCCCUUGUUGCAGGAGUUGAUGGACAAACUGAGAAAGAUGCACCUGGGACGGGCAGCCGAGGAGCUGGAGACAAAGUACAACAUUCAGUAAUUCUGCGAUGUGUGCCAAGUGGAACAAAAAGCUUAUGAAACCAAGUAUUGCUCUCUUUCGAGAUGCCCUCACGGACAGCGUCAAAGCAUACAAAUGGACACGGUGCUAUCACCAAAGCAGUUUUAUUUCACAGCACCCAGCGUCACUGAGCACUCUACCUCUCGUCUUGCCAAUCACUCGCUGAGAUGACAGGGUCAAACUACUGAGAGUGAUGGAUCAAAUGGUUCUGGGAGGAAAAAUGGACUUUGCUUGGCAAUGUAUAUGUUUUGCUUUUUUAUCUUAAAGGAUUAAUAACACAUUUUGGGACUAGGAUUAUUCGCUUUGUUGCAGAGUUAGAUGAGAAGAUUGUUACCACUCUUAUGUCUGUAUAGUAAAUGUGAAGCUACAACCAGCAGCCGGUUAUUUUAGCUUAGCAUAAAGACUGGGAAAAACAGCUAGCCUGGCUCUGCCCAAAUGUAACAAAUACCCCCUUCAAAGCUAACUAAUUGACUUAAUUAUGUUAUAUCUUGUUUGUUUAAUCUGAACAAAAACAAAGUGCAAAAGCCUCAAUUUGUGGUUUUACGGGGAGUUACGUGCUUGAACUAUUUCUUGUCUGGGAGCAGUGAGCUAUAGAGGUGCAGGUAGGUGGACCCUAGGACAGAUCCAGGCUAGCUGUUUCCCCCUGUUUCCAGUCUUCAUGCUAAGCUAAGAUAACAGGCACCAGCUUGGUAUUUACCAUACAAAUCUGAGAAUGGUACCGAUCUUCUCAUCUAACUCUUGACUAGAAAGCAAAUAAGUAUAAGGGUGAUGAAGCCUUCUCUAAGAUGUGCUGUUUCUUUGGUAUCACUAUACUGUACAUUAUAUCUUUGGAAAUAUGGGGGAGUCAUAGUCUUUAUGAUUUCAUACUUCACUUUUUUUUAUACAGCAUACAUUUGUGAUUUGAGUGUUGAUGACUGUAUCGUAUCGUAUUCAUGUUGCUUUUUAUUGAACAGCAAUCUGUUUUAUCCAUUAUACCUACUCUAUCAAUCGUAGUUAGGCCAAUUAAGCUAUUCUAUUUCUAGUAUUGUCAAUAUUCACUAUUCAAAUCAAGUCAGGUCAGUUUUAUUUAUAUAGCCUAAUAUUACAAAUCACAAUUUGCCUCAAGGGGCUUUACAAUCUGUACAGCAUACAACACCCUCUGUCCUUAGACCCUCGAUUUGGAUAAGGAAAAACUCCCCAAACUAUUGCAAACCAUUUUCUUUUUUUUUUCUUUUUUUAGCAGAGGGAAGUGCAAAAUCAAAUGCGGAUUAUUCAGCCAGAAAGUUAAUUUGUAAUACUAUAGUAGUUCCUGUUUAUACUGUUAUAAAAGUACUAGUCUUCUCUAUUAAAAUUUUAUGGGAACAAUAAGAUAGCUGGAGAAGUUUCUAGUUCCUACUUAAUGUAGACCAGAUGCCUGCCACUUUCAUAGGCUUUUUACAGCCCCAUCAUAGAAGCAUUAUUCAUGACUGUUAGAGAAAACAGGACACGCCCUGUCUCAGUAUGCUUCAGCCAAGCAACUUUUAUAAUACCAGUCUCGGCCUGCAAAUUCAGAUAUGAAUCAGUCACACUCAGACAGACUGAGGACAUGUCAUUCCAAAGCACUUUUACCCUGUUUGAAAAUGUAUUAUACUUUAUUAAACAGAACCAUUUAUUGAGUGAACAAUCAAUGCUGAACAAUGUUGAGCGAUAUGUAAAAGAUCUUGUGUUGAUAUCUGAACUUUAAAUAAAUGUGUCACGUAUCUUAA